GCAGUUAAAAAUUGUGUGUUUCCGCGAGACUUUAUCUAUAACUAUGUGUUUUAUUACCGGAUGACUCAUUAACGGGCCGUAAAAUUUUCAAUCAAGUGCUGUGUGUGUAUAAAUCUUCUGAUGCGAUGGAAUUUUCAUUUAUCAACAAGGCGAACUUCGACAAGGAUUGUUUAUACAACGCGAACUCCGAGUUUUAUAAUAAUAGUGCCAAUGGGGGACUGUCCGUGGCCAAUCACAUGAAUCACUAUAAUCUAAUGAUUGACUCCAGCUAUAAGCUAUGUGCGAACGAGACUGCCAUCAGGAGUUCUUUAAACCAGGAAUCGAGCUUACUAUUUUCCAAAAUCACCACUGUUUCGGAAUUUUAUCCCGGAACCCAUAACAUUGCCUCUUAUAACUCGGAUUUCCAUUUGAAGUCCUAUGGAGACGACGGAUUGAGUCUUACUGAUAAAUCAAAACAGAGAAGGAUUCGUACCACUUUUACUUCAAAUCAACUGAACGAGCUAGAAAAAAUCUUUUUAGAGACCCAUUAUCCAGAUAUCUAUACUAGAGAAGAGAUUGCAUCAAAACUACAUUUGACCGAAGCCCGAGUACAGGUUUGGUUCCAAAACAGACGAGCAAAAUUUCGUAAGCAGGAGAGACAUGCCAUUUACAUAAUGAAAGACAAGUCCAUUAAAAUGGAUAGCCGAAAGAAUCCCGUAGCCGGCUCCAAAUACUUAGGUCCAUCUCUCAAGGGGCCUCAAAAUGCCCGUCAAAUGAAAUGCUUAUACGAUCAAAUAUAA